GCUGCUUUCCAUAUCUCUCUCCCGUGCGCAACAACCGCAGCCGCACACCCAAACCAGCCUUCUCAGCUUUGUGAUAAGCAAAGCGCCGUCUCUCUCAUAUAUAUAUAUAUCUUUAAAGACUCUCUUAACUGAUAAGCCACGUAAUAGAUAAGGAGUUAUGUUGUCCCGCGCCGCCGCCUCCUCCUCCGUGCUUCUGCAGCAACGGAGGGGGUUCGCCGUCGUCGUGCGCCGCGGUGGUGCUGCUCUGUCCGCUGCCCGCUCAUCUUCUUUCUCCUUUCAGUGCACAGGGUGGACGCUGGCGUCUCUCGCGCCGCCCGCAGCGUGGUCGGCGGCGCGCCGGUGGCAAUCUAGCAACGGGGUAGGCUACGGCACCGUGCCGUCCGACAUCGACGCCCCGCGGGACGCGCACAAACCGUUAGAAGAGGACGUUCAUCGUGCAGAGCGCCGCCGGCAGCACGGACACGCCGGUACGGCUGAGGAGGCAGACCGCGAAGCCGUCAGCACCCAUGUCGCCGGCUACAACCCGUGGGAGGUGCUCGGUCUCAAGCCCGGGGCCUCGACGCAGACGAUCCGUGUGCGCUAUCACGAGCUGAUGAAGGAGGUGCACCCCGACAUGGCGACGGACGGCGUGGGCGACAUUCCCCGCCUGAAUCAAAUCAACAAGGCCUACGAGUUGAUCACGAAAAGCCCGACGCUGGACCGGCGCUACCGCAAUCUGGUGUCCGACACGCAGUACUUCUACUACAAGUUUCUGCCCGAGUGGAUGGCGCGCAACGUGGACGAGAUGCCGCGGUAUUGGAGCUGGGUGAAGUGGCGCACACCCGGCGGCUUCCACGUCUUUCUCUUGCUCGUUGCCUUCUACGUCCUUGGCCGCUUCUACGCCGCCUUCCCGAUGCUGACGACGGUGUUUCUGCUGACCGUAGUGCUGGAUAUCCUGCUCCACACUAUGCUAGCCCCGGCAAGCUUGUGCAUGCUGUUUCUGUAUUCGAUCCUGGCGUAUAGGAGCUACGACAUGGCGUGGCUUACAAGUCCAAAAGGCUUCCUGCGCCGCGAGCUGGGCUACUAA